GAAGAGAAGACUAACGUAAUAAUUGCAGAGACCAUAUGCAGAUAUAAGCUUUCUUUAAUAUUGAAGCCAAAAAGAAGCUUUCUUUUAAGUUCUUUUACAUUUACAACUUCAUUUACAGCACAAGAAAGAGUGAAUAAAAGGANCCCCCCCCCCAAAAAAAAAGGAAAGAAAGGGAAGAGCUGCUUUCAUUAGUAUUGUUUUUUUCCUCUCCAAGAUUUGAUUUUGUUGAAGCAAUAUUUCCCUUUUUGUAAUAAUACAAAGUAAAGUUUCAAUCUUGGUUCAAAUUCUGCUAUUUCAUUCACCCUUUGUUCAUUCUCAGCUCUAAAGUCUGGUGCUUGUUUAAAGAACCAUCACCUGUUCAAUAUACCAAGGAAGAUGGUGCUUUAUGUCACAGAAACGAACAGCAACAUAUUUACUUGAUCUAUGGAAUUGAACCUCAUAUGCAAUAUGGAACUGUUCUUAGCAGUUCUGAUAUUAUCAUGUCUCUAUUCAUUUGUCGCACCAGAUGCCCAGGGAGAUGCACUGUUUGCAUUGAAGAGGUCACUAAACGCUUCGAGUGAUCAACUUUCUGAUUGGAACCAGAAUCAAGUUAACCCAUGCACUUGGUCAAAAAUAACUUGUGAUGACAACAGCAAUGUCAUCAUGGUGUCACUAUCAAAUAUGGGGUUCGCUGGCACUUUAACUCCAAGAUUAGGUGUUCUAAAGAAUCUCAAUACUCUUUCCUUGCAAGGAAAUGGAAUAACCGGUAAAAUUCCUGAACAGCUAGGAAAUUUAACCGGCUUGACCAUGUUAGAUCUGGAAAAUAACCGUUUGUCCGGAGAAAUACCAGCUUCCCUAGGCAAUCUGAAAAAGCUUCAGUUUCUGUUUUUGAGUCAAAACAAUCUGACCGGGACAAUCCCUGAGUCGCUUUCAGGCCUUCUCAACUUGAUUAAUCUUCAGCUUGCUUUAAAUGAUCUUACUGGAAAAGUUCCUGACAGUUUGUUCCAAGUCCCAAAAUACAAUUUUUCAGAUAACCAUUUGAAUUGUGGCUUAAACUUCAGUCAUCGUUGUGUAUCUGACAAUGAAGGUUCUCCAAGUAAAUCAAAAACUGGGCUCGUAAUUGGUAUUGUUGGUGGAUUUCUUGGAAUUAUCCUUCUUGGGGGAUUUAUGCUGUUUUUCUGGCGGGGAAGGAACAAAGGCUACAAACGUGAAAUCUUUGUUGAUGUUCCAGGUGAGGUUGACCGGCGAAUUCCAUUUGGUCAAUUGAGGAGAUUUGCAUGGAGGGAAUUGCAGCUUGCUACCGAUAACUUUAAUGAAAAGAAUGUUCUUGGACAGGGAGGUUUUGGCAAGGUUUAUAAAGGAGUGCUCAAUGACAGCACUAAAGUUGCUGUGAAACGAUUAACCGACUAUGAGAGUCCUGGGGGAGAUGCUGCAUUUCAGCGUGAAGUUGAGAUGAUCAGUGUGGCUGUUCAUAGGAAUCUUUUGCGGCUUAUAGGAUUUUGCACCACACCGACUGAACGCUUGCUAGUAUACCCAUAUAUGCAGAACCUAAGUGUUGCCUAUCGUCUACGAGAAAUUAAACCUGGAGAAACUGUUUUAGAUUGGGCAACCAGGAAGCAUGUGGCACUGGGCACUGCACGUGGACUUGAGUACCUGCACGAACACUGUAAUCCAAAAAUUAUUCACCGUGAUGUUAAAGCAGCUAAUGUUUUACUAGAUGAAGAUUUUGAAGCUGUAGUUGGUGAUUUUGGCUUGGCAAAGUUAGUUGAUGUUAGGAAAACCAAUGUGACAACUCAAGUUCGUGGUACAAUGGGCCAUAUAGCUCCCGAGUACUUGUCCACAGGGAAAUCAUCAGAAAAAACUGAUGUUUUUGGAUAUGGAAUCAUGCUUUUGGAGAUUGUAACUGGUCAACGUGCAAUAGACUUCUCACGCCUAGAAGAAGAAGAUGAUGUCUUGUUACUUGACCAUGUCAAAAAACUGCAAAGGGAGAAAAGGCUAGAUGCUAUUGUUGACCGCAAUCUGCACAAAAACUAUAAUAUGGAUGAAGUAGAGAUGAUGAUUCAAGUUGCAUUGCUUUGCACUCAAGGAUCGCCAGAGGACCGUCCAGCAAUGUCAGAGGUAGUACGAAUGCUGGAAGGAGAAGGGCUUGCUGAGCGGUGGGAAGAAUGGCAGCAUGUCGAAGUUACACGUAGGCAAGAAUACGAGAGACUACAACGACGAUUUGACUGGGGCGAAGAUUCAAUCUAUAAUCAGGACGCCGUUGAGUUAUCUGGUGGAAGAUGACAAAUCUGUAUUUCCAAACAAGUACAUACUUUCCUGUAAUAGUCUCGUUGAUGCAUAGAGCUGGUUGCUAAAUGGCAUGCAAUCGAUGUUUUAAUAUUGCUUGUGCCAUAUCUUGAUUGUAUCUUUUUUCAUGUGCUUCUCUUAUUUAAUCAAUUCUUUUUCCUGUAUGCUUGACCUGUGCAGCGACGUAAUGUAUCAACCGUUUUCUUUUUGUUUCUUCUGUUUCUUUUUUCCCCAUCUGUCUAUGCAAAUUGUAACAUUAAUCCUUGUUAUAGAAAUUCAUUUUUCUCUA